ACAGACAGAAAGGGUUGAACGAAGCUAUUCCUUCUUUGCCGAAUUAAAAGGCGAUUUUGUUAUCAGUUUUUUCUUCAAUGGGGCCAAAUAGCGAACCAGUUAUAUCGUGAAUGAUCGUAGAAUAUCCUUUGGUUAAUGUAACCACCAUAUAUCGACAAAAGAGUCGCAUAAUUUCAAGUAAGCGAGGGCCAAGUCGAWYUACACUAUGACAACUGCCUCGCAGCGCCAGACAAGAGUGAUUCCAGAGGAUAAGAUAUGUCUCAGGCUGAUUCUGGUUACUGGCAAAACUAAUGAAUUUAUAUUUUCACCAAGUGAUACAGCAUAUUUUGUAGCACAACACGUCUUUGAGAACUGGCCUCAAGAUUGGAAGGCUGAAACUGUUAGCUCACACAAUAUAUUAAAACUCAUAUACCAAGGAAGGUUUCUACAUGGCAAUGUCACUUUAGGAGCUUUACAUUUGCCUCUUGGUAAGAGAACUACCAUGCAUUUAGUUGCUAGAGAAAACCUUCCUGAACCAGCAUCUCAAGGCCCAAGAAAUCGUGAAAAAACAGGCGAGAGAAGCUGUUGCUGUACAGUACUUUGAUAAAUGUUUGUAUAAAGAAGCUACUGGUGAUAUGUCUGGCAAAUCUCUGAAACCUUUAUUUAAAAUAUUAAAAUCUCACUCUAUCUAUAUUUGUCACAUAUAUCUCAGUGGUCAUAAAUAAUAUUGUUUUCAGUUUAUAGAUACCAGUAAAUAAAUACAGYCUUGUACAAAAUAAUGUAAAAACUGUUCAUAUACAACAUGGUUCAUUUCUAUUUGAGGUUACAAAGAAAAAUGUUCUGACAAAGUAAUGUGUGUAAUGUAGACAGUUGUAUACCCUUGUAGUCAUAAACUUGGUUCACACAGCUCCAUCUUCUAUAAAAGACUUCUAUUAAAAGACUCCAAUCAUAGGAAUGUAUCAAAGAUACUCGUAUAGACAUGGAUAAGCAUGUACAGGACRUGUACAGCCAUUACAGAACAAAUACUUUCAUUGUAACUGCUCAAAUAUUGUAAAUGAAUCCCAAACAUUUGAACAGUAUUGCUACUGAUUGUAAAUUUAAUUUAUACAGUUMAGACUCAGGCCCUACCACAUUGGAUGCUUUAAGGCUUCUUAUAUAAUUCAAUUCCUUAACUAAAGCAAAAUGUAGCUGUGUCAUUGUGUGGACAGGGCCUUAGACAUCUAAGAACUUUUCCUAGCRUACAUGUCAACUUCUUUUUUAACUUGAAAAGUUGCAUUCUAUAGUAGGAAAAGUUGGUUUGUCAGUCUAUUUUGAAUAAUGGAUCUAAGAUAAAAAUCAAAUAUAUGUGCUGUAGAYUUAACCAUUUCAGCUCAAGAAUUAGCCAUUGGUCAUGAUUCAAUGAUACRUUGAAGUGGUGUACUGAGUCAAAAAGCUUAUGUUGCUAUCUGAGACUAUAUAUUUUUUGUAAAUAUGCAAACUACAAUGAUUGAAUAAGAACCACCAUUUUUGUUGCUUUUGCUGUCUUUCAAUACUUGCUCUCAUAACCAAAUGAACUGUGAAUCAGUGUUGGGAAUUGUUCUGAGUUCAUUCAGGUUUGGCAGAGCAGUCUCAAAACAUUCAAGUCACUUUUGAGUUUUGAUUUGCAUCAGCAAAAACACCAAGUUGAUUUAUUGCAUGUUAAUGUAAAUUGCAGUAAGCUAUCUCUUGUACUCRGUCAAUGUUUCCAAACUUGUUUACCUGUAUUCAUUUUUAUUUUGCCUUCUAAAAGCUAAUUUUAUUUUYAGAAUUAAUUUAAAUCCAUAUUUCUAUUUAGUAUGCAAAGAUAGAAUUUAAAACCACUUUAAACUGUGUGUACUUGUAUCCACAUGUAGAAAAGUGUCAUUUUUUCAAAGGUCAUAUUUACUUGGUAUUUUUAGCAUGAAGGUGUAAAGCACUAGGGAAGAUUGUUUGAAAGGUGGUUGAUGUGGUACUACGUAUUUUUAACUACAGCAUUGCCAUUGCAUUAGUAUGCUUGUAACAAAAACUGGCUUUGGACAUACAUACACCUGUGCUAGUUAUAAGACUAUAGUUAUAAGACUAUAGGCUUCCCACAAAACUAUCAGUGUAAAAUAUCCUGCAUUCAGAUGUCUUUCAUGUAAAUAAUAUGUUAAAUCAUUUCCUCAAAUAUUAGAAAUCUUGUUUUAAAGUCAAUCCAGAGCAUUGCAUGAUUAGUAUGUGUGCAUGAUUUGUCAAAUUGCUUCUAUUAUAAAAGUUUAGGAAUUCAAGAUGCACACUUGCCCUCGACUUCAGGGUUCUCAGAGCAGCUAGAGUUUUGUUUAAUUUUUUUAGAUUUAAGCAUUUUCUUCAGGAAGCAUUUUCUUCAGGAAGCACUAACCAUCCUCAUUUUGGGACAAAUUCUAUUUCUAGAUGAAAUCUCAUGCUUGGUAUGAUCGUGCUUGCAGAGAUCAAGUCAAGAGUUCUCUGUUGUAAGUUCAGUUUAUUUUUUAAAUUUAUGAAUGAGGGUUUGAUCAGCAGGAUGAGAGUUAACUGUAGCAACUAUUAUAUUAGUAAAACAGAUAGAAAAGAAAAGUGAAUAAAUUAGUGAAAAGGAAAUCCUGCAUUUCUCAGAAUUGKUUUCACCACAGUCUGUGUCAAAUGAUAUGCCARGAUUUMAGAAAAGGUCAUUAAAAAUCUAAAAAUAAAAGUCAAAGAYGUUGAUUUUCUUGGAAUUUGAGCCAGAAAUCCUAAUAAAUUUACUGUAUAACUAUCAAUGUAUUUUGAGAUACUAAGAAGAUCAUUUUUAUCAGAUUUUCAAUGAGUACCUAAUCCCAUAAAUUCUCCAYCACUGAUGUUAGCCACUUUGAAAUGAAGGACAGAGAGUAACWGGGAAACAUUUGAAUGUAAAAUCAUGUAGAUAAUGUAAAUUARAGUUUUUUUCAGUAAAGUAAGAAUGUAAUAAUCAUAAAUUAAGGAUUUAAAUGCAAAAAAGAUACACCCAACUACCAGAGAUUUCUAUCAUAGAUCAAGUCUAUUAUUGYCAUUAGUUUAAAUAUGCAACUAAUUGAAAUAUGGCCAUAAUUGCAACUUCUAAUUAAGUCCAUGUUAAACAUCUACUGUGACUGAAUGCAAACCUAACACUAUGAAAAAGGAGAGAAYGGAUUUUGAUCACUUCAGUGAUAUUCACUGACUUACUAGAGUGAAAGUACCAUGUAUCUGUGAAACAGCUCAAGGGAGUGUAUUCACCAUUAAAUAUAAUAAGCCCUUUUGCUUUUAAAAGCACAAUAUCUUAUUCUUUCGAGGAUCUGUUGAAUCCACUCUACUUUAUUAGAAUAAGUAGCAUAUGAUGUAUUUAUCCAGCAUCGCCAUCAAGGGACAUCUUGGUUUUUGCUGUUCAACUGUUAUCAGUAGUGGGUAAUGGAUUUUGACAAUACAAAUUUAGUUUUGUUUCAUAAAUUCAUGGUCUGCACUCUAAUCUAAGGACCUAUAAACUCUUACUCAACAUUUUGAUCAUGAACGAUAGCUUUAUCCAUUGAACUGUCUGUCACAAGUGAGUCAGGGUUUAUAGGCAACUUCACUCAUUUGAUAACAUGAUAUAUUGCUUGUUUUGUAGUUUAGUAUAAUAGGUGUAAUACCUUUAAGAACAAAUUUGUUUGAAUUUGAAUUUUCAAUAUACAUUUUAUUUUUUUGAAGUAGUCAACAAUAUUAAAAAUGAAAUAUUGUAAAAAGGUGUCAGAUCACUAACAGACAAAAUCUUAAAUACACUGUCAUAGUGUUAUCAGAUU